UGUUUGUUUCACUGUUACCAGCUGCUGGACUAUUCCAAUCCCUGUCGGAGAGAAUACACGGGGACCGACAGUCCUUCUCUUCCUCCCCGUUUACCUCAUUGUGUUUCUUUUAUUACACCCUGCUUCUAUUUUACCUCUCUUUCACUCUUUUCCUAAGUGGAUAACUUGUCCUUCUCACUCCCUUGCUUUCUGCUACGUUUCACGGUUUUUAUAAGCUAUAUAGGUGUAUUUAUUUGUUUUUUAUUAGAAACGAUAUACAUUUAUAUCUUAGAUGUUCCUCAAAUGAGAAGACGCAAAUGAUGGAGUUGCAUAUUUUAGAACACAGCUUGAAAGUAGCGAGUAUAGCAAAAGAGGGCAUUCAGAUUUGCACUCACGGAUUAAUCAAACUCGCCUUCUUGCCCUCUAAAACAAGAUGCAAGUUUUUCAGUUUGACGGAAACUCCGGAGGAUUAUACCAUUAUCGUCGAUGAGGAAGGCUUCAAAGAACUGCCCGAGUCGGAGCACCUUAGUGUCGCCGAGGCCACGUGGUUGGCUCUCAACGUGGUGUCGGGGGGCGGGAGCGCCACCAACUCUCAACCAAUCGGAGUCACCAAAAUAGCCAAGUCUGUCAUUGCCCCCCUGGCAGACCACAACAUUUCUGUGUUUAUGCUGUCUACCUAUCAGACUGACUUUAUCUUGGUUCGAGAGCGGGACCUGCCCAUGGUCAUGCACACCCUGUCUUCUGAGUUCACCCUGCUGAGGGUGAUCAAUGGAGAGACCGUGGCCGCCAACAGCCUGGGAGUCACCAACGGCUUUGUCAAGCCUAAACUCGUGCCCCGUCCCAUCAUCCACCCUCUGUCCAGCCCCAGUAACAUGUUCUGUGUGACCAGCCUGGACCCAGACACACUGCCCUCAGUGGCCACCCUGCUCAUGGACGUCAUGUUCUACUCAGGCGGCAUGAAGGAGCCCGGGGCGUCUAGCGAGGACUCUGGACACAUCCGUUUCUUCUCCUUCUCUCUGAUUGAGGGCUACAUCUCUCUGGUCAUGGACGAGCAGACCACAUCACGGUUUCCAAACAAUGUCCUCUUCACUAGUGCUUCAGGGGAGCUUUGGAAAAUGGUUCGCAUUGGAGGACAGCCUUUAGGAUUUGACGAGUGUGGUAUUGUGGCUCAAAUAUCGGAACCCCUGGCGACUGCUGACAUUCCAGCUUAUUACAUCAGUACCUUCAAGUUCGACCAUGCCCUGGUCCCAGAAGAAAACAUCCAGAGUGUGAUUGGAGCUUUGAGGACCAAUGAGAGCGCAGGACAGUGAAUGGGAGGUGGGAAGAGACCGUGGAACUAGCGAGCCCUGUGCCCUCACACCCACACGUUGAUUUAUCAUGUCAAAGUCAUUUUUUUUUAAGUGCCAAGAGCGUAUCAGUGGACUGCUGUGGGGGAUGGUUCUGGGAACAGGGUAAUGUAAAGCUUGGGUGGUGUAGAUGGGGUACAGGAGAGGGACGGUAUGUGUGUGUGUGUGUGUGUGUGUGUGUAGGGAUGCUUUUGUUCAGCGAUCAGCAACUUGCCCGUCCUAUUCUGAGACGUUGCCAACUACGCAACCCUACCCACCACCUCACACCCUUGACCAUCCACUCUUACCCCAAACAACAUCCACUUCUUUGGGGACCCAAAGCUAGAGUGACUGCAGUGGGGGGGUUUUCCCCUCUCGCUCUCCUUUUACUUUCUCCUCUCCCUUCCCCUCACACCAUUUCACCAUGGCAACGCGGCCUACUAAGUUUGGGCCUAUCUCUUCGACACCAGCCCGGAAUGCUGCGACCCGGCCGUCACCUCCUUUUACUUUGGCACCCACGUGGCCCAUGACAGCCUAUACUGGUGCUUUAGUAUACCACACUUUCCUUCCUAACUUUGCAUUGUUUCUCGCAAGCUGCUCUUCCCAUAACAACCAUACUGUAUUAGUUACCAGUCCUCCCAAUAACAACCAUACUGUAUUAGUUACCAGUCCUCCCCAUAACAACCAUACUGUAUUAGUUACCAGUCCUCCCCAUAAC